AUGGAGAACUACUACGAGAUCCUCGAGGUGUCUCCCGACGCCUCCUUCCAAACCAUCAAAAGCGCCUACCGCCGCCUUGCGAUCUUGCUGCACCCAGAUAAGAACACCGCUCCUGAUGCUACAGAAGCAUUUCAGAGACUCGGGCGCGCAUGGGAGACGCUCAAGAGCACCGAGAAGCGGAAUACCUAUGACACUCUCCUCGCUGCCGAGAGACGCCGCUCCCAACCCUCAGAGGCAAGAGCCACUCCUGCAGCACCAAAGCGCGAUUAUGGGACGGCAACAGAAGAGGAUGCUUUUCUCGAUGACAUGCUGAGUUCGGUGUGGUAUCAAGAGCGCUAUGGGGUACCACCGCGGAGUGCAGGACCCAGCAAAGAUCUUCAAGACGAAAGCGAGAUCGCGGCGGCGGAGAAUGAGUUGCGGAGCUUGAAUGAUGAUUAUGAGAAGAGAUUGAUAAACGUCAUAGAGAGGGUGAGAAAGGAGUAUUCGAAUAGAGGACUUUGGAUGUCGGAAGGACAGUUGAGAGCCGCUGCUGAGGCGGAGUUGAAUAUGAAGUCAUUGCGGAUGAGAAUCAAUGCUUUGAAGGAGAGUAUUAGGAAAGGGUUUGAACAGCGCUUGCGUGAGUGUAACGAGGCGCAGAAGGGGACGAGAACGGAGGGAUUUUAG